UGCCUGCAGCCCUGGCCUUAGCAGCUGCUGGCACAGACUAAGUGUUGGAGGAGCAGAACAAGUCUGCUGUCCAUUCCCAGAACAAGAUCCACUCCCUUUCUCCUGAGCAGAGAAAACAGCCCAAAUCAGAGCCUCCCAGAUGGAGGAUGGCAGUGAAGUCUCCAGACCUCUUCCCUGGAGCAUCUCCUCAAUUUCUCUGGAUCCUGGCCAUGUCCCCCAUGGAGAUAGAGGAUCUGGAGGACUAUGACUAUGACCAUCCCCAGAGGAGGACUCUCAGCUGUGGCCAGCAGGAUGCUGGGGUUGUGUCCCCAAACACCCUCAGAGCCCUGGAGACUGAGGAGAUGCAGGAGUCCAGAGCUGUACUGGGCAGGCCAAUCCGAUGGGCGUGGCCCAGUGGUCCUGCAGUAAAAACCCAGCUGAACCCUCUCCUUCUCCACCGGGGCCAUGGCAGUCACCAUCCUGUGCCGUCUCCGGAGCCCACCCCUCCUUCCUCCCCAAGGGCACCAUAUGGUUGCCCAAAUUCUCUGGGACGUAGACUGAGCCUGGUCAGGGCCUGCAUGCCUGAGGCCUCACAGCCCAGCACCCAGGAUCGAGCAGGACAGGCAUCUACCUUCAAAACUCAGCCAAAAGCUCUCUUCCUUCCUCGGGGCCAUGGCAGCCACCAUACUAUGCCAACCCCUCUUCUCUGCCCAAAGGCACACAAACCAUCUGGUGCUCAAAUCCCUCCAGGGCCUGGACUGAGGCUGGGCAGGGCCUGCAUACCUGAGACCUCACAGCCCAGCACCCAGGACCCCGGCAAGGACUCAGCAGGGCAGGCGUCCACCAAUGAGCAGAAUAACAUCGAGCCUGCCAGGCCAAAGAAGAUCAAGAAGAAGUGCAGGCUCUCGAAAAUAAUGAGGUGUUUCUGCUGGCCAGUCCAGUAAGCACAGUUUAAAUUGCAGAACCACCUGAACAACCUCAUUCAGGGGCCAGCAGUUUGUACAGCCAGGAAACGUCUGCUCAGCUCCAGGAAGAGGCCCUGCAGGAGUGAUGGCCAGCCACCCAGCCCAGCUGAUGGACAGAGAGCAAUGCUGAUCCUGCAUGCACCACAUAGCCUCCCGACCCUCUGUCCUCCACCCACCUGCCCUGCACCCAACAUGGCCCCUGAACCUUCUGGAAACAGAGCCAGCAAUGUGGUGCAGCCCCACCACCACCACCACCACCACCACCACCACCACCACCCUGCUCCACUCACUCAGUCCCUUCCAGAAUCUGGGUGCAGAGCGACAAGUACUACCAACCUGGCACUGCCAGGUCCUGGAGUCUCAGCAGAAGCCUAGUCACAGAUCCUGGGGACCUCACCACCCCCAGCGACACCCAGUGCCCCGCCCACCCCUCGCAAGCACAGGUGACCUUGCUCUGGGCCCAGAGCGGAGCCUGUGGAGCCUGUGGCCUUGUGGGGCCCGGGAUGUUUGCUUGGCCAGCACAGUGGCCAAGUGUGCUAUUGCAUAUAGUAAUUAAAAAAAUAAAAUAACUUUGGCAUGG